UGCAGGUGAAUGCGCAAUGGUGUUGGUAGGUCCAGCUGUUUGGAGUUGGUGAUUCGUGGGUGAGAAGAGAGCGGUGUGUGUGCGAGGAUUGCUUUGUCUUGGAACGUCCUUUGCGUGUGUCGUCCUGCCUUCUAGUUAUUCAGUUGUGAAACUCGCUGAGAAACGGUCGCAGAGUACUGACGAAGUAGUCUUGAAUCGUCUCCGUCAGUGUUGGCCGCCGUGUGGAUAAUCUCGCUCCGCAGUACCAGUCCUUUUCCCCUUUUAUUUUAUUAUUAUUUUUUUAUAUUUUCGUUCGCUACGGAACCAAUGGCGUCAUCGCAGUGUGCCUAAAAACCGAACAGAAGCAGCGUUUCCUUUUGUUUGAAUCCUUCGGUUUUUUCUAUUUGGCAUUUCCGCAUCUCGCAAAGAUAGUUCUGUGGACGGCAGUACAGAGGGAGAGAGAGAGCUAGAGAGGAAGGCAUCGGGAAAGUUGUGAGUGUGGAGUAUUAUAAUAAAAGUCCGUGGAAUAUGGCAGCGACGAGGACGAACUGUAGCGCUCUGAGGGCCCUCGCCGUGGAGUACAAAUCCUUGCAGGAGGAGCCCGUCGAAGGUUUCUGCGUCAAACUCGUCAACGAGGAUAACCUAUUCGAAUGGGAGGUCGCGAUUUUCGGGCCCCCGGACACCCUCUACAUGGGCGGCUGUUUUAAAGCUCGUAUGAAAUUCCCACAGGACUACCCGUACUCUCCACCGACAAUUAGAUUUUUAACUAAAGUUUGGCAUCCGAAUGUAUAUGAGAACGGUGAUUUAUGUAUAAGCAUUCUUCAUCCACCAGUAGAUGAUCCGCAGAGCGGAGAGUUGCCCUGCGAACGCUGGAACCCGACCCAGAAUGUCCGCACCAUUUUGCUCAGUGUAAUCUCGCUGCUCAAUGAACCAAACACCUUCAGCCCCGCCAACGUAGACGCCUCCGUUAUGUACAGACGCUGGAGGGACUCCAGAGGUCGCGACAAAGAAUACGAAAACAUCAUAAGGAAGCAAGCGAUGGCUGCCCGCGCAGAGGCGGAACGAGAUGGAAUCCAAGUGCCUCUGACUCUCGAGGAUUAUUGUAUAAAGACUCAAGUGAAACCAAACACGUCCGAUUCCCAGGUGGAAAUGACCGACUUUUACGAUGAUGAUUACGACGAGGAGUACGAUGACCCAUCGGACGGCUCGGACUACGAGGAAGACGAAAACGACAGCGGUAACGGAGAGUCGUGAUCCCAUGGUAGACGUCCCUCGUCCCAUUUUCAUAACACACUGUACAUUUUUUAAUUAUUAUUAUUACCUUUCUUUUCGAUUAAAUCCCUUAUUUACUAAUCACGGUAUGCAAAAAAAAAGAAGAAUAACGAAACGAAAGAGGUUUACCAACGAGCGUACAUUGGUUUCUUGUAAAUAUUCCCAGGUUCAAAA